UCCUCCCGCGCGUGUCUGCGACGGCACGUUCAGUUCGCUCGGUCCGCGGCCGCACGUUGUUGGUAUCGCGUCGGUGUUGAGCAGCGGCCUUAUUUCCCCCCCUGUUUUAUUUAGCCGCUCUUUGCUUUGGCCGGAAUGAGGGGCGAGACGAAAGGAAGACGGCAGAGCGGAAAUGCGCCGAAGGAGCGCGCGGCGGCGGCACAACAAAGCCGCGACCCGGUGGAGAACUUCGAGAAAUGGAAGAUAAAGUACAGCCGGACCAAGAGUCGCGUGAAACAGCAGAGGAAGCGGAACAAGAAGCCCGAGUGGCAGGUGGAGCGGGACAACAUCGGCAGACUGCUCAAUAAGUAUUCCGAGAUGAACGUCCAGGAUGCGGUCAAGUUCUCCGAUUUCCCCCUGUCGAAGAAGACGAUUGGCGGACUGCUGGGGGCGCAGUACCGACAGCCCACCGAGAUCCAGCGACAGACCGUCGGCUUCGCCCUCCGGGGCCGGGACGUGCUGGGAGCCGCGAAGACGGGAUCCGGAAAGACUCUGGCCUUCCUCGUUCCCGUUCUCGAGUGUCUCUACCGGCAGCAGUGGACGGCCGAGGACGGCCUGGGGGCGCUCAUCAUCUCGCCUACCCGGGAGCUCGCCUACCAGACCUACGAGGUGCUGCGCAAAGUGGGCAAGAACCAUGAGUUCUCCGCGGGCCUCAUCAUCGGGGGAAAGGACCUGCAGAACGAAUCGGAGAGGAUCCACCGCACCAACAUCAUCGUGUGCACGCCGGGCCGCCUACUGCAGCACAUGGACGAGACGUGCACCUUCCAUGCGUCGAACCUGCAGAUUUUAGUUCUGGACGAGGCCGACCGCAUCCUGGACAUGGGCUUCGCGGAGACGCUCAACGCCAUCGUGGAGAACCUCCCCAGGACACGGCAGACGCUGCUCUUCUCCGCCACGCAGACCAAGUCGGUCAAAGACCUGGCGCGGCUCAGCCUCAAGGACCCUGAAUACGUGUGGGUGCACGAGAAGGCCAAGUUCAGCACCCCCGCAACGCUGGAGCAGAGCUACGUGGUCUGCGAGCUGCACCAGAAGGUCGACCUGCUCUUCUCCUUCAUGAGGAGCCACCUGCAGAAGAAGGUGAUCGUGUUCUUCGCCUGCUGCAAGGAGGUGCAGUACCUGUACCGGGUGUUCUGCCGGCUGCGCCCCGGUAUCCCCGUCCUCGCGCUCCACGGCAAGCAGCAGCAGAUGAAGAGGGUAGAGGUGUACGACGACUUUGUGCGCAAGAAGGCCGCUGUGCUCUUCGCCACCGACAUCGCCGCCAGGGGUCUAGACUUCCCUGCCGUCAACUGGGUGCUGCAGUACGACUGCCCGGAGGACGCCAACACGUACAUCCACAGGGUGGGAAGAACGGCCAGGUACAAGGAGGGCGGCGAGGCGCUGCUCAUCCUGCUGCCCUCGGAGGAGAAGGCGAUGCUGGAGCAGCUGCAGGAGCGCAAGGUGCCCAUCAGCAGGAUCCAGGUCAACCCCAAGAAGCUGAGCAGCGUGCAGCAGAAGCUGGAGGCCUUCCUGGCGCAGGAGAAGGAGCAGAAGGAGCGAGCUCAGAGGUGCUUCGUGUCCUACCUCCGCUCCGUGUACCUCAUGAAGAACAAGGACAUCUUUGAUGUGUUCCAGCUGAAGCUGCCGGAGUACGCGAGGUCCCUUGGGCUUGCGAUGGCCCCCAAGGUGCGCUUCCUCAACAAGGCCAGGCAGCAGAGGCCAGGAGGGGGUGCCGGUGACUCCGACGAAGAGCUAGAGAGCUUCCGAGCCCAGCUUAGUGGUUCGAAGCCCGGAGAACAGGCCAGUGAAGAGGAUGCUGGUGGUGGUGGUGAUGAUUCCUCCGACUCGGACGACGGAGAGGAGCCUGGCAGCUCCGCUGUUUCGCUUCUUGGCCAGGGUGCUCACGAGGAUGAGGAUGACGAUGGAGACCUCGCUUUUCUCACCGUAAAGCGAAGAGAUGUGUUCGAGCAGGAGGGCUGCAGGUUCGAGGAGGAAGGCAAGGCCGGUGGAGAGAACGAGGAUGAGAAGACGACGCCUACAAAAAAAGCUGAAAAGGAGUCCAAGUUCAAAGAAGCCAAGAAAGUGAUGAAGAGGAAGUUAAGAGUGAACACCAAGAUGGCAUUCACGGAUGACGGAGAGGUGGUGCAGCAGUGGCCGCCGAUCCAGAGGGCCGCCGUGCCGGCCCCCGACGAGGAGGAGACGUCCGGCAUCAACAUGGACGAGGCCCGCGAACGGCUGCGCAGGGAGGACCAGGAGUUCGACAAGGAGGAGUACAGGCGCAAAGUGAAGGAGAAGCACAGGGAGAAGAGGCUCAAGGAGAAGGCAGCGCGGCGGGAGGCGAGCAAGCGCCACCUACAGGAGAGCAACGCGGGGUCUGCCGACGAGUCCGAGGAGGAGCUGGUCGCCUACCUGGGCGGCAGUGAUGACGGAGAGGAGUUUGACCCCAGCACCCUCCCGGACCCCGACAGGCACAGGGACUCGGAGCAGGACAGGUGAGCAGAAACGGUACCAGCGCGACCCGUGGUCCGGAGUGCUCCUUCUUACUGCGGUGUGCCUCACCUGAGAGCGGAAGUGCUCGGGGAGGUGGGCGCGCACCUUUAGGGUAUGGGUUCGAGUCCCAGGAGGCGCCGUGCUACCCUUCAUUUGAGGAAGGAAAGAAAAGUGCAGUUCAUCACCACGUGACCACACCUCAAUGUUGGAAUGA